AUGGGCACGUGCCCAGGGGCGCGGCGCGGUGACUGGCUGAGGGAAGGGAGGGCGCGGAUUGGUGGCGAGGCGCCCAAUAGGCGUGAGAAGCGGCGUAUGAACGCGGGGCGGGCGGAGGGCUCCCCCUGCCCGGGGCGCCGCUCGCAGCUGGCCGCGCGUGUCCGCGGCAUGGAGCCCCCGCAGCCCCCGCCCGGGGCCGCGCACGCGUGGGGCGCUGCCGGCGCGGAGGAGGCCGCUGUCCCCGGCGCGGUGCCCGCGUGGGGCGGGCGCGAGGCCGGGCUCGGCGAGGCGGCGGCUCGGGGCGCCGCGGUCCCGGGCGUGGGGGCCGCGCCGCCGGCCAGGGCCCGGAAGCCGCGGCGCCUGAGCCCGCUCUGGGAGGAGGCGCCGGAGCUCGCCGAGCCCGCGGGAGCGGCCCGCGGCGGGGAGCGGGAGGCGCUUUCCCCCGAGCCCCCGCUCUUCCGCAGCUUCUUCGCGGAGGAGUGCCUGGCCAUCGCGCGGCAGCUGGGGCGGCCCGGCCCCGAGCUCUCCGGCAUUGAGGCCGAGCCCCUGCCCUUGGAGGCCGCCUGGUCUCUGCUGGGGGGGCGGCCGGGCCCCCGGGCCGAGUGUGAAGCGGCCCGGCGGGCAGAGGCGCUGCUCUGCUGGAGCCCGGCGGGCAGCGAGCCCGGCCGGCGGCAGCAGGUUCGCCAGCAGGACGGAGGGGGGCUCCGGGACCGGGACCGGGACCGGGAGCGCGGCGGCCAGAGCCACGGGGCUACCGUGGAAGUCCUGCCUGCCGGGGCCGGGGGAGCCGUGCCCGGGAAGGGCGCGGAAGAUGCAGAGCAGAGGCGAUUGCCAGGUCUGCAGGCGCUGGCUCUCAGUGCGCUGAACCUCACCGUUGAGCUGCAGGGGCCUGGUCACGCCAGUGCUUCCCUUAGACAGAUGACAUUUGAGAUCUCCGCUGCUAAUCCGCUUGGGUCGACUGUGACCUUGCCUGUGGAAAGGGAGCGACUGGCUGAGCAGUCAAGCUUCAAGGAUUCAGAGGCAGAUGAUCUAGAGCGGAGUGGGUCUGCUUAUAGAACCCAGGAGCUGGAAAUGGUAUCCAAUGAAAGCACGGUCUCUCUAGGCUCCAGUUCCUUUGCAACCUCCACCCCACUGAUGGGACCAGCAAAGUUUCACUUUGUGACAGGUAGUCCCCUAGGAGAGGACUUGGAACAGAGGGACCCAAACUCCUCUAGACGUUCAAUGCCAAGAGAGCUAACCUGCCCACGUCAGGCUGGCUGUAAAUCUGCAGCGCCCAAGGUAACCCAGAGCUCCCUGUCCAAGUGCAGGAACCUACCUGAAGAGACCUGUGGCAAGGUCACUCUCAAACCACCUCAGAGGAGUACUGCAUUGCCUGUGUCUUCUAGAAACUGUUCCAGUGCUGAAGGCCAAGCUGCUAUCAAAUCACUGCCCCUGGCCUUUACCACCCCAAGAGCAAGUAGGAGUCUGGCCCUCACUUCCUUUGAAUCUCGGAGAGCUUCUCGAGAGCUGCUGAGAGCAGGCCUGCCUCCAAGGAGCAGAGGCAUCACCUUGGAGGGGAAAGCAACAAGACUGUCUCUAGGUAACUCACGACCCAGCAUGCAGAAAGCAGCUGCCACUAGAAAAACAAGCCAGGGAUCCAAUGUGGAGACCCAGCCUGCUGCCCAACUCCCUGCCAGCAGCACUGUGAAGAGGAGUGCUACAAAGCUACCUUGCAGUGACAAGUGCCCCUCAUCCCUCCGGCCUCCUGCCAAACUCCCAGGACGCAGCAGCAGCAGCAGACCCUUGCUCAUGGGAUCCCAGGUUUCUCUGGGUCCAGGGAUCCUCUGCAUGAGCAAAGAGGCUGGAGCUCCUGGAACCAAACUCCCAACUCACCCAGGUACCAGGCUAAGACUAAUGAAGCCCAGACCCAGCAGCGUGGAGCACACCAGUGGGACCCUGCAGCCAGCAUGCUCUCUUCCCAGUGGGUAUCCAGGAGCCAGAUCCAGCCCCCAGGACAAAGAGACUGAAAGUGUUGCCAAACUUAGCUGCAACAAGCUGCCUGUUCGAAGGGCUGCCACUGCCACGAUUCCUGCCAGGGCUCCCCACUCCCGGCUGAGACCAACAGGGAGGACAACAGCCUCCCCCAAAAGGCUCCCUUCCCCCAAGCGAGCUCGCCUAGGUAAAGACACUAACUCAGCAGCAGCUGCACAAGCCGUGGAGCCCAGUGGAGGAAAAGUGCUCUCUGCAGACACUGAGGAUAAACCAGCGCUGGCUGUGGGGCAAGACUUACCCAGUGCAGGUGAAAUGGCCCAGCCUCAGGCAGGUGGGAAUUCCCCAGCUUCUCUCAGUAGUUUCCUCCCUGACUCUGCCCUGGAGAGUAGAGGUGCAGCGCCCUCCAUGCAGCUUCCAGGUCAGCUGCUCUCCCAGGAGCUGCAGAGAGUAAGGAGUGAGCUGCAAAGAGUGAAGAAUGAGCUUGCUGCAAGAGAUGCCCAAUGUGAAGCCUAUCAAAGGACGAUCUCCUCCCUGGAGGCUCAGCUGAGAGCAGGCUCCCUCUCAGAGGGCUGGGGAGAGAAACAGGCAUGUGCCUUGGAAGGCGAGUGACAGCGAAGCAUGGAGGGUCUGUCUGCCUGUUACAAGAACCCAUCUAGCAGGCUCCUCGCAAGGGUGCCAGGCUCCUCGCAGGGGUGCACUGCUCUGGAGAGCCUGAAGGAAAACCCUGCAGCCCAGUUCCGAGAGCGAGCGGUGACUGUUUUCAUGGACACCUGUGGGGGGGAUGGGGACUCUUAAUUGUGGCUUUUGUUUUUUAAAAAGUAAAUAAAGUUCUCUUCCUUCCCCUUGA